CCGGGAGCCGCCACCAUGGACAGUAGCUGGGGAUUAUCCCCGUCUCCCUGCUGAGCGCUACAGGGCAGGGCCGGCUGAUCUCUGGCCUCACUCACUGUGUCAUUGAACUCUGAGCUGAACUUCAUUGCCUCCCGCCGGGCCAGCCGCUCCUCGGGCCCCGGGCGCGCGGCGCAGCAGGCGGCGCGGCGCUGCCGACUCGCCUUCGACUCGCUGCUCCGCAAGAUCCAAGGGCUGCCGGCUGCUCUCCCCAGCCUCUCUCUGGAGCUGACUGUCCUCUACAACUCCCUGCUUUUUGCUGUUAGUGAGUCGGAUGGCCUCGUCGAGGGAGAAGCAGAAAGACUCAACCAUGGGCUCAUUAGGGUGCUGGAGGCUUGCGGGGUGUCUGGGCAGGAUCUCAGCACAGAGGAGCUCUGGCAGAAAGUGUUGCAGGAUGUGACCACAGAAGAGCUGUGCGCGCCUCUGCAUCGACUAGGUGCUCUGCAGGGGGCGGUGUGGCUGGCAGCAAACUGCCUGGGGAGCGUCACUGGUCUCUUCCGGCUCCUGAGUGACACCAAGGGCCCGCUGCCGUCUGCCCACGGAGGUGAGAACGAGCUCCUUGCACUUCUCAAGGCAUGGAGUGUGCCUGUUGAGGGGGACACAUCGCCCCUCGUGGUGCAGAGCACCAAGGACUUGAAAGAGAUACUAUGGACCUCAGCUGCCUUCCUGCAAGGUUUGCAGGGCCUGGAGGCUGGGAAUCUCCCUGCAGCCCUCUCCCUGCUCCAGGCAGCUGCAUCCGGGUUCUGCUCCAAGAGGGUCCUGGCCCAGAUCUACACCUGCAUCGGCUGCUGCACUCAGCAAAUGGGCAAGCCUCAGACGGCUCUUCAGCACUUGAAGCGGGCGCUGCAGGUGGAUUUCCAGUGCCUCUCUGCCCUGUCCCAGGCGGCGCUGGUGUACCGCCAGCUGGGGGAGACGGACGCAGAGUUGGAGGCCCUGGCUCUGCUGUACAAGGCUCUGGAGACCCCCGCUCAGGAGGCUGUCUCCAUCGAUCCUUGCUUUCUAAUCCGAACGGAGCUCCUUGUUCACACCCCGGCCCUGGCAUCCAUGUUCAGCCGCAGCCACCCGUCGGAAGUGAAGUACCUGCUGGCGCAGCGAUGCCUCCAGGCUGGCAGGGUGGGUGAGGCAGUGGAGCAUUACCUGGAUCUUCUGGCUCUGCUGCAGGAGGGGCCGCAGCACCAGGUGCCCCUGCAUGGCAGGUCAGCUCUGCCCAGGAUCCCGGAGGUGUUCCUGGAAGCUGCGUCUGCCCUGGAGCAGCUUGGGAGGUACCAGGAUGCCAUAGCUGUGUGCGAGGAGAUCAUCAGUCGAACGGAUGACCUGAUCCCAGAGACGCUGCGGAUCGAAUUGGACUCCGGUGCUGGAGGGGAGGUGCCAGGGAGGGCCGGCUCCCCUUCACCUGGCAUCCCGCCCCAGCAGAAAGAGAGCCUGCGCUGUAUCGUGUGGAGGGCGGCUGCAUAUCUGCACCAGGGCCGGGCUUGGACCAAGCUGGGGGAGAGCAAGGAAGCCAUAACACGGUUUACCAGGUGCCUUAAUGUCCUCCUGAGAGUCCAGCUCGUGAGUGCAGCCAGCAUCCAUAUCGGUGAGGAGAUGGCAGAGGCCCUGCCCGAGGCAAAGGUGCUCCAGAAGAUCAGGUUGCUAGCUCUCCUCGGACGAGGCUCCCAGUUCCAGGAGCUGGGUCGGGACAAAGAAGCUUUGAUGAAUUUCCAGCACAGUUUGCAAGUUUGCCCAGGUGACCCUGCUGCCACCUCUUACCUGCUGCAAGUUCUGUGGAAGCUGAACCGACGACAGGAAGCUGCUGCUCUCUGGCAGAAGGUCCACGCGGAUGCUGCCCCAGCAGAUGGACAGCAGGAAGCAGCGGGGAGGUGUGUAAGGUGCUUGGUGGCUGCGGCUGGUGCUAGGCCAAGGCGCUAGCUCCAGAACAGCGGGUUGAAGUAACCAAAGCGCUGUGCCCUACCCGUUGUACCUGGUGUCGUGUCUAAAGCCGGUGAACCUCCCACAUGAUGAGUCUCUUGCUAG